CCUGCCGCCUCCUCCUGCCUCCUCCCACAGCUCUUCCUGUCCCGCUGUCGCAACACCCCUUCUGCACUCUCCCCUCCCCUCCCACCGCCUCUUUGCUUUACUGUUCUCGGAGUUCUCCGGACUCAGGCUCCGCUUCUGGCCUUCGGGGUUUGCGCUCCCAGGGACCAGGCCGUGAUCUCCGCCCCCGUCACCACCUUCGAGGUCCCUACCCAAGGCCAGGGCUCCGCUGGCGACCUCCCGACCCCGCGCAACCUGGGACUCAGUCGCCGCCGGGUCCUGAUGGGGGAGUGAGAGGCCACAGCUGGCCGGACAUGGGCCUCCCCGCCGUGCCUGGCCUGCUGCCGCCGCUGGCGCUCCUGGCUCUGUUGGUGGAAAUAUACCCCUCAGGGGUUACUGGCCUGGUCCCUCCCCUCAGGGACCGGGAGAAAAGAGACAGUCUGUGUCCCCAAGGAAAAUACAGCCACCCUCAAAAUAAUUCCAUUUGCUGUACCAAGUGCCACAAAGGGACCUACCUGCACAAUGACUGUCUCGGCCCAGGGCUGGACACAGACUGCAGGGAGUGCGAAAAUGGUACCUUCACUGCUUCAGAGAACCACCUCAGACAGUGCCUCAGCUGCUCCAAAUGCCGGAAGGAAAUGAACCAGGUGGAGAUCUCCUCUUGCACAGUGGACCGGGACACUGUAUGUGGCUGCAGGAAGAACCAGUAUCGGAAAUACUGGAGUGAGACGAGUGAGACUCGUUUCCAGUGCUUGGACUGCAGCCUCUGCAUCAACGGCACAGUGCAUCUCCCCUGCCAGGAGAGACAGAACACCGUGUGUACCUGCCACACGGGCUUCUUUCUGAAAGAGAACGAGUGCAUGUCUUGUGUGAAGUGUAAGAAAGACGCAGAGUGCACGAAGUUGUGCCCAUCCCCAACCCAAAGCGUGACGGGCCGACAGGACCCAGGGGCCACAGUGCUGCUGCCCCUGGUGAUCUUCCUCGGUCUUUGCCUUUUAUCCCUCCUAUCCAUCGGUUUCCUGUGCCGCUACCGACGGUGGAAGCCCAAGCUCCGCUCCAUUGUUUGUGGGAAAUCGACACCUGUAAAAGAGGGGGAGCCUGAGCCCCUGGCCCCAACCCCAAGCUUCAGUCCCACCGCGGCCUUAAGUGUCAUCCCGGGCUACAGUCCCGUCUCCAGCUCCACCUUCACCCCCAUUCCCAAUUUCACGCCUAGUGACUGGCGCAAUUUCAGUGCUGCAUCGCCCCCCAGAGAGAUGGCUCCACCCUACCAAGAGGCGGGCCCCAUCCUCACCGCAGUUCCACCCUCCAGCCCCCUCUCCACCCCUGUUCAGAAGUGGGAGGACAGCGCCCACACGCAGCGCCCAGAUACCGACCCGGCCACGCUGUACGCCGUGGUGGACGGCGUGCCCCCGUCGCGCUGGAAGGAGUUCGUGCGGCGGCUGGGGCUGAGCGAGCACGAGAUCGAGCGGCUGGAGCUGCAGAACGGGCGCUGCCUGCGCGAGGCGCACUACAGUAUGCUGGCGGCCUGGCGACGGCGCACGCCGCGGCGCGAAGCCACGCUGGAGCUGCUGGGCAGCGUGCUCCGCGACAUGGACCUGCUCGGUUGCCUGGAGGACAUCCAGGAGAAGCUGUGUGCCCCCGCCUCCCACUCGCCCGCGCCCCGCCUUCCCCGAUGAGGCCCCGCCCCCGCCCCCUGAGAGGGGGCUGCCUUGAGGACAGCUGCUUUCUGCCCCCUGGACAGUCCGGAGGGACGGUGCAGGAUGCCCCAUGGACCUCCUUGUUUCUGGAGAAGAAGGGUCUUGGAGGGGCAGGCAUGAUCUAGCAGCCACCUCCUUGGUGCUACUCCCUCGGUGUACAUAGCUUUUUCUCAGCCGCCUGAGGGUCAGCCGUGUGUGUGUGUGUGUGUGUGUGUGUGUGUGUGUGUGUGGGUGGUGGUGAGAAAGGCUUGGGGUGUGUGUUCUUGUGAGAGAGGCAGGCAUGAUCUAGCAGCCACCUCCUUGGUGCUACUCCCUCGGUGUACAUAGCUUUUUCUCAGCCGCCUGAGGGUCAGCCGUGUGUGUGUGUGUGUGUGUGUGUGUGUGUGUGUGUGUGUGUGUGGUGGUGAGAAAGGCUUGGGGUGUGUGUUCUUGUGAGAGAGGCUGAGUGUGCCAGGAGCCCAAGCCGGUGACUGUGGGGAUAAAAGGUGCCAUCCGUCGCUGCCUGUUUUGGGUUUGGAAAACCUAGCAAGGAUGCUUAGGGGCCUGUGGUUGGUCCCUGAGCAUUUUUCACAGUAGAUAAGCAAUCUUUGUACCAAUUAUGUUACACUAUAGAAACUUGGCACGCCUUUGCCCCCUGCCUGGACAAGCACAGAGUAAGAGAACUGUCACAAGGCGGGGGCAAGCACAGAACAAUGGGGCCUCAGGCUGGAGCUGUGGACUUUUGUAAAUACACUAAAACUCUGGAAUUAAAGCUGUGCUGCCGAGGGA